GAAACAAUAUAUCAUCAAAAUUGGUUUCUUCUCUUCAUAAAUGUUCAUUUCCCUCCUACUUUUUCUUUCAGAAGAACCUUUCUUAUUACCCUUUUCCUCUGGCAUCCCCCAUUAUUGCUAUUUGGUGGAGAGAGCACAGCAGGAAGGUUCACCAUGUGGUAGCAGUAAAUGCAUUAACUUCAGGUAUUCAUUAUAUAAGAGAGACCCUUGUACAGAUGCUAUUAAUGUAGUUCUCUCUCUCUGUCUCUUUCUCUCUCUUUACCCUCAUACUACUUCUCCUUCAUUCACAUCCAAUGCUUGAAUCCUCCUUCUAAACACUAACCGGUUCUUAAAUCUCUACUACAUUCUGUUCAUUAAUGUUUACAACCAUCUCUGCUCAACAGUUCAAAUGGUCAAAAUAUACAAGACAGGUUUCCAAUUGGAUUCUUUGUAUGAAGUUGCUCCUUACUCCUUGAAGCACUGCCAAUAGAAGUGUAGAAUUUUCUGAUGGGGUUUUAUGACUUGGUUUUGCUAUUAUGUUCAGCUUGGUGUAUCUUUUAUGUGGGUAGUUGCAGUGCUCAGUUACAAUCCUCUCAGACCCAAGUGCUUCUCCAGUUGAAAAAGCACUUGGAGUACCCAAAACAAUUGGAAAUUUGGAGGGAUCGUUGGACAGAUCUUUGCUCUAUUUCCUCUUCUGCACAAGUGAAUGUCACGUGCCAGGACAAUUUUGUCACUGAGCUCACCAUCUUGGGUGAUAAGCCAACAAAGGGUAGAGAUUUUGAUGGGUUUGCCAUUCCAAAUCAAACACUAUCACAAGGCUUCUCCAUGGACUCUUUUGUGGCUACUCUUGCAAGGUUAACUAGCCUGAGAGUCCUUUCUCUUGUCUCUUUGGGCAUGUGGGGACCACUCCCUGAUAGAAUUCACAGACUUCAUGUACUUGAACAUUUGAACUUGAGUUCCAAUUAUCUCUAUGGAUCAAUCCCUCCAAAGAUUUGCACGAUGGUAAACCUUCAAAUUCUUGGACUGGGUGAUAACUUCUUCAAUGGUACCAUCCCAAGCUUGUUCAAUUCGUCAAGCAAUCUCACAGUUGUUAGUUUGAAGAAUAACAAAUUAAAGGGUCCAUUUCCACCUUCAAUCCUUAGUGUCACCACUUUAACUGAGAUUGACAUGUCAAGCAAUCAAAUAUCAGGGAGCUUGCAAGAUUUUAGUGUUUUGAGUAGUUUGGAACAUCUAGAUUUAGGGGAAAACAGAUUAGAGUCUGAACUACCUGCAAUGCCAAAAGGGUUGAUGAGGCUUUUCCUCAGCAGAAACUCCUUCUCAGGUGAAAUUCCCAAGCACUAUGGUCAACUAAAUAGGCUUCAGAAGCUUGAUGUUUCCUUCAAUGCACUCACAGGCACUGCUCCUGCUGCACUUUUUUCUUUGCCAAACAUCAGUUACUUGAAUUUGGCAUCCAACAUGCUGAAUGGACCACUCCAAAGUCACCUAAGAUGUAGCAGCCUACUUAGAUUUGUUGACAUAUCAUAUAAUAGGUUUGUGGGGGGCUUGCCUUCUUCACUGAGCACUGAAUCAGAAAACAGAGUGGUUAAGAGUGAUGGAAACUGUUUAUCUGGAAGUCUGCAGCAUCAGCAUGCAGUAUCUUAUUGCACAGAAGUCCAUGUGAAGAAGAAAUCAUACAGAGUUGGAAUUUUUGUUGGGGUCAUUGUGGGAAUUCUUGCGAUCGUUGUGGUUUUGGGUCUGAUCAUUGUUAUAACUUGUAAGAGGUGUUUCCCUAGGGGGAUGUCAGAGCAGCACCUAUUGCAUAAAACAGUUCAAGAUAGCUAUCCAGCAGGGUUCUCCUCUGAGUUUGUCACAAAUGCAAGGUAUGUUUCUGAAGCUGCAAAGAUAGGCAGGGAUGACCUUCCCAUGUGCCGGUCAUAUUCCUUGGAAGAGCUAAAGGAAGCCACCAAUAACUUUGACAACUCUACUUUUAUGGGUGAAAAUACAUAUGGGAAGCUUUACAAAGGAAAACUGGAGAGUGGGAUACUGGUUGUAAUAAGGUGUUUACCUUUGUCCAAAAAGUAUUCAAUUAGGAAUUUCAAACUGAGGUUGGAUUUGCUUGCAAAGCUGCGUCACCCGCAUUUGGUAUCUCUCUUAGGGCACUGCAUUGAUGGUGUUGUAGGAGAGCAUAAUGAGACAAAUGUCUUUCUCAUUUAUGAAUAUGUGUCAAAUGGGACUUUUCAGACUUAUAUCUCUGGAGAAAGUCCUGGCAAGGUUUUCAAUUGGUCAGAGAGAUUAUCAGCACUAAUUAACAUUGCUAAGGCUGUUCACUUCCUACACUCUGGCAUGAUACCUGGUUUCUUCAAAAAUCGACUUAAGAGCAACAAUAUCUUGUUGAAUGAGAAUUGGAUGGCAAAGUUGAGUGACUAUGGAUUGUCCAUUAUAUCAGAAGAAGCUGAUGCAUGUGAGGUAAAAGGAGAAAGUCCUAAUUCAUGGCAAAUGAAAAGUUUAGAGGAUGAUGUUUAUAGCUUUGCAUUCAUACUACUUGAGGCACUUGUUGGACCUUCAGUAUCAGCUAAAAGAGAAGCAAUUGUGCGGAAUGUAAUGGCAUCUUUCAAUAGUGAGGAUGGCUGGAAACAGGUAGUGGACCCAGUUGUGCAAGCUACUUGCUCUAAAGAAUCUCUAUUUGUUGUGAUUUCCAUAACAAACAAAUGUAUAUCUACCGAGUCAUGGAGCCGACCAUCUAUUGAGGAUGUCCUUUGGAACCUGCAGUAUGCUUCUCAAAUUCAGGCAACAGCUGAUGGGGAUCAGAGAAUUUGAUACUUCACCACUUUAGUGAAAGUGACUUCUUGAGUUUUGCUUUAGGCUGCUCCAAAAGAAAACAAAUAUUUCAAUAUUUCAUCUUUUGGAUUUCUUAGAAGGGUAGAAAAGAAUUGGCUACAUACCCCAAUUCGGUCAAUUUUCAUGUAGCUAGUACUUUGAUUUGUAUAUUAUUAUUAUUAUUAUUAUAUUAUAAGGUUA